AUGAGCGUUCAGUUGAUCAAAACCGACGACAUUGAAGAGAGUGGCAAUAAAUCAAGGAAAUUCAUCCUUGAUGAAGUGGCUUUGAAAAAAGUCCUGGGUACUGCUAAAUCGGAUUCAAUGCCGAUUGCAGUUAUUUCCAUCGUCGGCGCUUAUCGAACAGGCAAGUCCUUCCUUCAAAGCGUUUUCUACAAACACCUUGCUGCGCUAGAAAUGGGCAAAAAUGUUUGGGACGAUGAUGAGUUCUACAUUGAAGACUGCUUUAAAUAUCGUGUUCAACUAGCAAAUGUCACGCGACAAAUCGACGCAAAUGACAUUGCGAAUCUUCAUCUUUUUACGGAAAUUGGUAGACUUGCAAUCAAGGAUCGAAUGACGGUCAAACCGUUUCAGGAUUUCAUUUUUACUGUCCGGGACUACGAACACAGCGAUGAAUUUGGAUUCGAAGAAGGCCAAGAGCUGCUUGACACUAUUGUUCAAAAGCAGGACAAGAAGAUCGAUUUCUCAGAUUGUUUUGAGGACUUUCGAGCGUUUUGCAUCCCUCAUCCGGGAACAAUAAGGAAGUUUGAUGGCAAUGUCAAAUCACUUGACAAAGACUUCGUCGAGAACAUCAAACUGCUUGUCACUUCGAUUGUUGACAAUAUUGCUCCAAAAAGGAAUCUAAGCGACGGAGAAUUGAAAAUCCGUGAUGUCUUCGAUUUCUUCAAGAGCUACGCAAACAUCUUCAGAGACGGGAAAAUGCCGACCAUGAAAACAAUUGUUUCAACAAACGCUGACAAUCACUACAAAACACAACUCGAACAAGCCAAGGAGCAUGCUGAUAAACUAAUAACGUCACAUUGCACGGAAAGUUGCAUGGAUUUUAAGGCCAUACAAAACCCGUUUUUCGAGACAAACAAAGAGCGAAAAUUUUUGCUCCCUGAACAAUAUGAUGACCUCUUUAGAAGAAAAAUCAACGAGUACUUCACUGAAAAAAUCGCUUCAGCUCUUACGAAGAUUGUGAAGUUUCAUGAGGAAAAAUUCAAAAGAGAACAAACAAGAGCGACGAAUGCGGAAAACCAGCUUCGAUCAGAGCAAAACAAUCAUGCAAAUACAAAGAGCCAACUCGAGCGAGAACGGCAAGAUCAUCAAAAUACUAGAAGCAAUCUAGAUCGACAAAUGCGUGAGAUGAGGACUAGUUUCGAAAAGCAACUCAAACGAGAGCAAGAUGAAGCCUCAAAACAACGAGAAUACCUAAAGUCGGAGCUCAAUUCAGCAAGAUCUUCACAUAGAUCUGAGCUGAAUCAUGAGAGGAAAAAGAAUGAGCGCAAUGUUGAAAAACUAGAGGAGCGAAUUGAUGACUUGAAGGACGAUUUAGAAGAGACAGAAGAAAAACUUGAAAAGACUCAAAAACGUGCUGAGAAUUUGAGAAAUCGGAUAGACAAUCACAACAAUUCGAAUUAUUUUGCAAAAAUAUUUGUGCCAAACGCAUAA